AUGACCAUACAAUCAUUCCGAGAUAUUCUCAGCUACGCUGCGAGAACUCAUUCCAAUCGUGGGAUUAUAGCGUACCCUACUGGCAACGUCCACGACGUACCCAAACGAGUGAGCUAUGAGGACUUGCAUAAAUUGGCUCUUGGAAAUAGCAGUCUUUUGCGAAAUCUCAAAGAUUGCUAUCAAGGCUCUAUCAUUUUUCUUCAUUUUGAUAAUCACCUCGAUAACAUCAUUUGGAUGUGGUCUGUCCUUUACGCGGGAUGUAUCCCUGCCAUGUCAAUCGCUCUUCCCAGAGACUCAGAUGCUUGCAAGAGACACCUAGAUCACCUGAAUUCUCUCCUUCGGAACCCACUGUGUUUAACCAGGGCGAGCAUUCGGCCCGAGUUUCCCCAGGGGACUUCCAUGACAAUUCUCAACGUCGAAAGUCUAAAGAGUAUUGGACAAGAUUCGAAUGAGGACAUUUCAUGUCAUUCAGGGUCUAAGACUCCAGAUAAUGCAUUGCUGAUGCUGACCUCUGGGAGCACCAAUCUACCCAAAGCAGUGUGCCUGACUCACCGCCAGAUUAUGGCAUCUCUUCGAGGAAAGUGUGCCAUGCUACCAGUCGAGGAUGAUCGUUCAUUUUUAAACUGGAUCCGACUUGAUCAUGUCGGCAGCCUUAUUGAGAUACACCUUCAUUCUUUGUUCACUGGCACGGACCAGGUUCACGUGCAACCAACAGAUGUGAUAUCUGAUCCGUCUGUCUUCCUCCGUCUUAUCGAGCGCCACCGAGUUGUGAGAACGUUUGCUCCAAACUUCUUUCUUUCAGAGCUUGGAAAAUUUCUGGACUCUGUUGCCGAAACAAACACCUGGUACGACCUAAGUUCCUUGCGAUAUAUUGUAUCUGGAGGAGAGGCAAAUGUGGUGCAGACCUGCUCUCGGGUAUCAAACUUGCUUGAAAAAUAUGGAACACCCACCAAUGUCAUAGUACCUGGAUUCGGUAUGACAGAAACUUGCGCGGGAUCAAUUUACAACCUCUUUUUCCCCUCUCAUGACAUGGAACAAAAGUAUGAGUUUGCCUCUGUUGGAUUCUGUGCUCCUGGAAUUGAAAUGCGAGUCACCACCUCUGACAAUGGUUCAUUGGCCGGCCCUGGGGAGAUCGGAAACCUCGAUGUCAAAGGACCCAUCGUUUUUUCCAACUACUAUAACAAUGAUUCAGCAACCAAAGAGGCUUUUUCUUCGGAUGGUUGGUUCAAGACUGGGGAUACAGCAUUUACGGAUAAAUAUGGGAGGCUGGUCCUUGUCGGACGCACAAAAGACAUCGUUUCCAUCAACGGGAUCAAAUAUCAACCGCAAGAAGUUGAAACAAUCCUUGAAAAUGCAGGUAUCACGGGGGUGACCCCAGGAAGCCUGACAUGUUUUGCCCAGCGUGCCCCUGGAGCCCCUACUGAACGAUUAUAUGUUGUUUAUGUACCUAGGUACAAGCCCGACGAUAUCAAGGCACUGUAUGACACGAUGAACGCUAUCGUCCAAAAAGUCCUCUUGGUAACAACCAGCCGGCCGACAGUACUGCCGGUGCAGUCAAUUGAACGGACAACUUUAGGAAAGUUACCAAGGUCUGCCAUCAGGAAGGCAUUCGAAGAUGGCCAAUACCAUAAGGAACAAACGGCAAAUGAUGAAAUGAUCGAGAAAUACCAACGCUUGAUUUACUCUCCACCGAACAGCGACUUAGAACAUGCCAUAUUGGAGGAAGUGGCAGAUACUUUAGACCUUCCGCGAGGAUCCAUUGGCGUGGAGAGCAACAUUUUCGAAAUGGGGUUGGCCUCAAUCACUCUUAUCAAACUUCAGCGACGACUUAGAAAACGUCUUAGCCUCGACAAAGAAAUCACUAUCGCAACUAUCAUGGCUCAUCCAACAGUGCGCAAUCUAGCGAAGGCCGUACAACAGCCCCAGAUUUAUGUUCCUGUUGUGCCGUUGCAAAUGAGAGGCGAAAAGUCUCCACUUUGGCUGAUUCACCCUGCAGCUGGCGAGGCAAUGGUCUUUCUCAAUCUGACCAAACUCAUUACCGAUCGCCCGGUGUAUAGCUUCCGAGCCCGGGGGUUCUUCCCUGAUGAACCUUACUUCAGCAAUCUCGAGGAAUGUAUAGAGAUCUACUGCUCGGCAUUAAGAAAGAAACAGCCCAAGGGACCUUACGCAAUUGCUGGGUAUUCGUACGGCGGAAUGCUUGCCUUCGAAAUUGGUAAAGUCCUUGAACGUGACGGCGAGAAAGUACAAUUUUUAGCCAGUGUCAAUCGUCCACCAUACGUGCACCCCCGAUUACGUGCAGUACAAUGGUCGGAUUGUCUCCUGAAUUUGAUAUAUUUUAUCGAAGUCAUUUCAGAGGACGUGUUCCACGCCCUAUUGAAAGAAUUGGCCGACCUUCCCAAAGAGGACGUUCUUGCACGUGUCCUCCAUUCUGCAGACUCAUCUCGUCUGUCUGAACUAGCGCUCGAUGGAGGCAAGUUGAAAAAUUGGGCAAAUGUUACAUUAAGCUUGCAGAACAUUGCAAGGCAGUAUGAGCCAAGUGGGUCGGUCAGCCAUAUGGAUGUUUUCUUCUGUGAUCCGCUGGAAAUGGUAGGGGCGACCAAGGAGGAAUGGAUGAAACGCCUUGGGCAAUGGCAGGACUUUUCAAGGGAGGAAAUAAAGUUCUAUGGGCUUGAAGGCAAGCAUCAUAAUGUGUUCGGCCCGAAGCAUGUUCAAGGCUUGCACAAAUCACUCAUUGAAGCAAUGGCGGCAAGGGGACUAUAA